AUGCAACCCAUCAAUUUUGCUCCUUCUGCGAGGCGCAGGACGAAGCGUCGGCGGACUGAUGGCCCAUCCACGAGCGAUGCGCCUUCAUCCAAGCGGACCAAGAAGGGAAAGGGGCGUGCCGCAGCCCCAGCACGGAAUACACUGCGCGACAGAGCGGACGAGAACAUUGCCGAUGGAACCACCCCUUCGUCGGACGAAGGCGCGGUAGCAUCACCGAAUGCAAAUAGUCGUCCAGUCUUGGCUGUGGAGGAGUCCGAGCCUCAGGUCCCUUAUCAAUGCGGAGUCCCCGGUUGCACCAUGAGAAUUGGACUGGGCAGAGAGGCACCCAGCACUCAUAUCGAGAAGCACCACGAGAUGGCGGCAGAGGUGUCAGCGGGUCAACUGGGUCGCCACAUUCGAGCGGCCCAUGGCCCUUUGACCAUCUGGAGGUGCCCACGAUGCAGGAUGAAGUUUCAAUGGUACUACCGUAAAGACACGGUAGGGCGGCAUGCGGAGAAGUGCAAGGGAGCCAAGGAGGGCCCAGAGUCAAAUGUUUUCGGCCAGCCUCUACCUCGCACGGAUAGUGUUACCGCUCCAGCGACCGCCGAGCCGUCACCAUCGGCGAGCAUCUCAAGUGAACGGCCGCCAUCUGCAGGCCCUUCAACCGCAUCAACGAGCAUUACGGACGUUGAGCAAAGAACACCGGACCCGUUGCGUGUGGUCGCGACCUCACCGAGUCUCACAGCCGUGUCGCUUCAUGUCAGCGAGAACAUACCGACCUCAGGAAUCUCUUCCGUGGCGGAAUCUGCUGAGGCCACCAUCGAGACAUUGGUGUCUACAUCGGCUAUGACGACGCCGAGCACAUCCUCACCAGGCAGGGAAUCGGUUGGCUCUCAGCAGCGUGGACAUGCUGGGUACUGUAUCUCUUGGAACGGCACGGCCAAUAUCACCGACGAUCGUACUUUCCUUUUGGCUGACGCACAGGCGUCUACUGCGGUUGAAGCUCGAGGUGCCCACGAUGUAAAGCCAAAUUCCAGUGGUACCACCGUAAAGACACGGUAG